GUGUGUCUUGGCUUUUGACACAGGACCUCCACAGGUGUGUCAGCUGCUCUCACUGACUCAUGAUGACGAAGAGUCAGAACCGAGAAAAAGGAAGACGAGCAGGAGACAGAGACCAACGCAGCUGAGAGAGAAACGAGGAAAUGCCUCCAAAGAGGAAGAGCGAUGCUGUUAUUAAAGUGGAGGACGGUGAGAGUUUGUUUUUUAUUUAAAUAACUGUCUUUACUUGUUUUUACUCUUAUUAAAGUGGAGGACGGUGAGAGUUUGUUUUUUAUUUAAAUAACUGUCUUCACUUGUUUUUACUCUUAUUAAAGUGGAGGACGGUGAGAGUUUGUUUUUUAUUUAAUAACUGUCUUUACUUGUUUUUACUCUUAUUAAAGUGGAGGACGGUGAGGGUUUGUUUCUGUCUUUACUUGUUUUUUACAGCCUGAAGUAUUCGAGUCAUUUCUGAGUUUAAAUCUAAGAUGGUGGAUGAAAUAAGAGUUUGUGUUUCUUUCUCUGAUCACAGUUGGGAUGGAUGUUGAUGCUGUUGUGGACAGUGGAAGUGAAGGUGAGUUUAUUUGCUUUUUAUUAAACACUUAAAUAAUGUGUUAAACUGUAAUGAGUGUGUAUGUAAACUAUCUUUAUUUUUAAAUACAGUUUUUUUCCUCCUGUGAGAAAGAAACACAUACAGCCAAUAAGAAUACUUCAUGAAAUACUGGAUAUUAUAUAAUUAUAUUAGAUAUUGUAAUAAUACUGAAGGGAGAGCUCUCAACAGGAAGGACAGAUAAUAAUAAUAAUAAUAAUGAUAAUAAUGAUAAUAAUAAUAAUAAUAAUACUAAUAAUUAAAUAAAAUAAAUAUAAUAAUAAUAAUAAUAAUAAUUAAAUAAAUAAAAAAAAUAAUAAUAAUAAUAAUAAUAAUAAUAAAAUAAAAUAAAUAUAAUAAUAAUAAUAAUAAUAAUUAAAUAAAUAAUAAAAUAAUAAUAAUAAUAAUAAUAAUAAUAAUGCUUUUAUUUCUGCAUCUUUUCUGUCUUGAGUUUAGGUUGCUUUAUGUCCUGUUUUGUAAAACUGUGCUUUUAUUUUGAAAUGUGACCUACUUCUGGUUGCUCCUUAGUUUCUGAAUUAAAUGAAAACAGAUAAAAAACAGUCAGAGAGUCUAAAAGUUGAAUUGAUCAGUAACCUGGAGAGACUCUACUGUUGUUUUUGAUCAAUAAAAAAUCUUAAAUAUCAGAUGGAGCAGAUUUACAAAAGGGAGUGUCUCUGUAAUAAGAUGGAAUAUUAAGAAAAGUAAAAAUAUUUAAAAAGGUUUUUUUCAUGGAAUGAAAUAAAAGUAGACGUGUUGUUUGUUUUUUUUGCAGAUGAGGCGAGGAGGAGAGCUAAAAACAGAAGAGCCAGACCGCAACGCAAACCCAAACGGGUCAGUGAUGAUGAGGAAGACGAGGAGGACGAGGACGAGGCGCCGAAGAGAAGAGGACGAAAAAAGAGGGCCAAGUCCAGAGACAGUGAUGAAGAGGACGAAGAGGAUAACCGCAGUGUGAAGAGCAAAGGUUCGAGGGCCUCCAGGAGGAAAGCUGCUAAAGAGGAGAGCGAGGACGAGAGCGAAGACGAGCGACAGAAGAAGAAGAAGAAAGGAGGGAAACCCGUGUCCAAACAGGAGAAAGAGGAGCAGAACAAGGAGAGGAAGGGGAAGACUAAAGGAAAAGAGGGGAAGGAGAAAGAGAAGGACAAGAAAAAGAAGAGUGGGAAGUUUAGCAGGUGCAGUAUUCUCUGAGAGGUGUGUCUCUCACUUACCUGCACGCUCCACACACCUGUAUGGACUCUGUCCAAUCAGGCUGCAGCAGUAACUCUGACGAACUCUGAUGGAGAGAAAACAUCAACUCUGUUUUUAUCCUGAUUUUACAGUUUACAGCUUUCAGAACACGCCUGCUGGCUUUUUCAUUCUGCAUGUAAAGUAAAGGGAGUUCAGCCAUAUUUGUUCAUUAAUGAUUCACAUGACGGAAACAGAGCUGAGCGUCCGGAGACGUCACCGCUUCACUCUUUAAAACUGGCUGCUGUUGUUGGUUCGAGACAGACAUGAGAGUUCAUGAAGGAGCUGAAGGAUGUUUUUCAACCUGUUCAUGAUACUGAGAGAGCUUUAAACAGCUUUAUUAACGCUCUGAUGUUUAUUUUAAUCAUUUUUGACUUUAUGAAACAGGGCAGCUGAGGAGAGACAGGAAGUGGGGGGGUGGGGGGACCGGGGACUGAACCAGCAGAGGAGUGUAGCCUCUGUUUCAGACUGUGAGGCUUAGUGUACCAUCGUAUUCAGAUUAUUUCUAUGUUUAACGCAGAGUUUCAGUCAGAUUAGAGCUGUGACACAAACAUUCGCUCAGCCUGUUAAUUGACCUGAUGAACACUGUGGUCAUAAAUUAUCCUCAUAACAAUAUUAUUAUUAUGAUGUUUACAGAAACAUUUAAACUUCAUGUUCUUUAACUGUUUUCUUUCAGUUGGACCAGAAUUCACUCAGACUCCAAAAUAAAAGCGUAGAUUCUGAUCAGUUAGAGAUCCACUCUCUUCCCGCCUUUGCUCAGUUUGACUGAUUAUGUUGUUUUAUUUUGAAAAACUCCAUAAACAUCAUGAUAAUAGAGUUGUUUUUUAUAGUUCAUGGCUGCGAUAAUCAUCUAUAAUACAUAUACAGUAAGAAGAUCUGACAGUCACUUUAAGGUGAUGAAGAUGUUAUAUAACCCGGUUGUGUUCUCGAGGCCACAUGACGUGACCGCUCUCUCCUUUACCAGCUCCUCCUCCUCUGACUCUGACGACCCUUCCCUGUCGGAGGGAGAGAUCGAGGCGCUGAAGGAGCAGGUGGAGGAGAAGAAGAAACUGAUCGUGACUUUGAGGAACAAACCCUGGCGUAUGAAGAAGAGACUCGUAACGCUGAAGUACGACUAACAGGCUCUGUCUGACAUCCGUGUGGUUUCUCCAUCACUCAUGUCCUGUACAUGUGAUGCUGAUCUUCAUUAAAAACUGUGAAAUGUGCCUUUAGCUGUCUCUCUUCACACUUCUGUGUUAAUCAAACAGACUCAGGACCACUGUUGACCACAUUCAUCCUGUAAUCUGAGAUAAUCUGCAGGAUUACAAAAACCACUCUGAUCAGAUUGCUGCUGUUAGGAACCAUCACACCUCCACAUAGAUCCUCCUCUCUAGACGCGGUGAAAACAGAUCUCACAGACACAUGCUCGGCUGGUCGUGGUCCAGCCUGUUAAACACGCUCCUCUCAGCGUAAACACAUCCGGCUGUGCUGCCAGGGUUCGUGUAGAUCAGUGUGUGUUUGUGUGUACGUCUCCACAUCUACACAUCAAGAAGGAUAGGUGAUCUGCUCUAACUCUUUCAUGAGCUUCACACUCUUUAAUGCAUGCUCAGAUUAACCUGCUGCUGCAUGCUGAUUGGUCCUCCUCUCUCUGCAUGUAAUCACCAUAAAUCUGUAAUCUAUCCCAAUCCUGUCGGUUUUUAUCACACGUCUUAUGUGUCUUUCUCAGGGAGGCUCAGGAGUUUGUGGAGAAGUUUGAAGGAGCUCUGGGGAAAGGAAAAGGCAGGAGGCUGUACGCGUUCAAAGUCAUGAUGACCAAGGUAAUCUGCUCAGUCUGGUCUCAUGUGGUCAAGAGCAAAGCGGCAACCCCUGGCCUUGAGAAGUGAAGAUGAAGUAGAAGUUCCAAAAACUGCAGUUCCACAAGUGUCCACUAGAGGCUGGCUGCAGAAGCUCCAGAAUCCACAUACACACUCAUUCACAAAAGCUCAUUUUAGAGCAGAAAUAAACACCGUUGCCAAGGUGAUGAUGUAUUAACCACAGCCUGGAUAGCACUGACUGAACUAAUCUGAAUGAUUUUGAUAUUUCCAGAAACUGAUCAAGUUCAAACGUGACUUUGAGAACUUCAAAACCGCCUGUAUCCCCUGGGAGAGGAAGAUCAAGGAGGUAGAGAGUAAGUGUGACUGAAUCUGAACCGCUGAGCGACUGUUUUUCACGACGUUCAAGAGUCACCGAAUCAACAUCUCCCAUUCCUGAUCUCAGGUCACUUUGGAUCCUCCGUGGCGUCCUACUUUAUCUUCCUGAGGUGGAUGUACGGGCUGAACCUGGUCCUGUUUGGGCUCAUGUUUGGCCUGGUGGUGAUCCCUGAGGUAUGUUAGCAUGUUCUCCUGGACAGAACAUACGAUGAACACGUUAAUAUGUCUUCUGUUUGUCUUCUCUCUCUAUAUUCAGAUCCUGAUGGGUCUGCCAUACGGCUCCAUACCCAGGAAGACUGUUCCUCGAGCUGAACAGGCCACGGCCAUGGACUUCUCCGUGCUCUUUGACUUUGAGGUGAGAGUUUGAGCUUUAACUCGUCUGAGAGCGAGAAACUUCCAGAUCUUUGAGUUCAGAUCUUUGUUUCCUCCUCCACAGGGAUACCUCAAGUACUCAUUUCUGUUUUACGGCUUCUACAACAACGAGCGGACCAUCGGCGUGCUGCAGUUCAGACUUCCUCUGUCGUACCUGCUGGUGGGAGUCGGCAUCUUUGGCUACAGCCUGAUGGUGGUCAUAAGAACGUAAGACGGAGCGCACCCUGCAGGACAAACGUGAUUUUAAACCGGAAAGUAUUCGUCUGUUCUGAAGGUGUUUUCUGCUCUCCUCUCAGGAUGGCUCGUAACUCAAAUGAAGGAGGGGACGGAGCAGAGGAGGGAGAGUUCACCUUCAGCUGGAAGAUGUUCACCAGCUGGGAUUACCUGAUCGGAAACCCGGAGACUGCAGACAACAAGUACGCCUCCAUAACCACCAGCUUCAAGGUUAGCAGGUGUGUGUUAACCUGUGGGUGGAGGUUUUUGUGGACUGAAGAUACGAGAAAACUGUAGAUGUGACGUUGAAUUAAAGAUGCCGAGUUUCCUCACAUUAACACCACCUACUGUGGAGUUUCUGCAGCAGAAGAACUGAACAGAAACCCUUCAGACUCACAGCGUCCAGUUUUCUUCAUACUUGUUCUUCUUGAGAAAUUUAUGAUGAUAACUGGGAGAAGAACAGAGGAACUAGGGCUGAAGUUUGAAGUGAUUGUUUCUCAGAUUGAUUUCACUCUGUUGUAGGAGUCUAUCGUAGAUGAACAGGAGAACCAAAAAGACGAGAACAUCCACCUCCGACGGUUCCUGAGGGUUCUGGCUAACUUCCUGAUCCUGUGCAGCCUCGGAGGAAGCGGUUACCUCAUCUACUUCGUGGUGAAACGUUCGCAGGAGUUUGCAAACAUGAAAAGUGAAGAUCUCUCGUGGUUUGAGAAGAAUGAGGCGAGUUCACGUUCAGUGACGUUUUAGGAUUAUUGAUACGAACAGAGAGGAGAAACAGCUGAUGGUCACUCUGAUGUUUCAGGUGGAGUUUGUGAUGUCUCUCCUGGGCCUGGUGUGUCCUCCUCUGUUUGAGACCAUCGCAGAGCUGGAGGACUAUCACCCCCGAGACGCCCUGAAGUGGCAGCUGGGUCGGAUCUUCGCCCUCUUCCUGGGAAACCUGUACACCUUCCUGUUUGCCCUGUUCGAUGAGGUCACUGCCAAGGUGAGACGGAAACACCUGUUGGUUCCUGUAACUGUGGCUUACUUUAUCAUCCUUCAAACAGAAACGUCUUCUUCAACCCAAGGACCUAUCCUGAAACUCUGUCCUUGGAGGUAAAAGUGCGAUUUCAGGGCGGUUCACUGAAAUGAAUUUGUGUGGUGUUUACAAGCCGACAGCGAAGCUCGGUGGGCUGCUGUCAGAACCAGGUGUGGUGUCACACCAACUCAUGUUCAGAUGGAAACAAUGGAAACUGCUCGGGUAGAUAAACCAAACCUAACACUGUUUCCAUCCAAGUAAGACAGUAGAACCAGCUGAUUUAGACGAGGAAACAUGGGAAAACUGCACCAGGAAGAUCCCCGAGAAAAAAAACUAAAAACACUGAAUUUGAGGGUUUCUUGUAGCGAGUUAGCAUCCAGCUAUCAAGUCAAAGCUGCCAACCUCUCCAGCUCAGGUGUUAUGAGGAGAAGAGGAUGUUUUCCACAGCGACAAAAUCAGAAUUGAAGUCGGUACCUCAAGAAGUUUUUCAGAAAACUGUUUCAAGGUUAAAGGAAGCUGACGUUAACCUGUUGACAGUUCGACUAUCGCCCGUCCUUCAACAGUGUAGAGAGACCCUUUGAAUCCAAACUCUGUAGGUCCAUACAGAACCACGGGUCACUUCAAAUCUAUCGAGACAUCUGAUCUUUCUCAAGUUGUCUGUGAUGUUUACAUGACACUUACAUGAAUUAUCGCCUUAUUCCGAUUAAGACCGGACAACUGAAGGUCAUGUAAACACUUUAGUCCGACUAUAAUCAGAGUUUAAGAACUCAGAUUAAAACACCCAGAUAAUGAGAUUGGAAUUAGAUUUUCUCUACCAUGUAACCAGCGUAGUCGGAGUAUGAUCACAGUCAGCUGACAGACUCCACACAGGUCUGAGGGAUCCUUUCAGGUGGCCAACACUUCAUUUCUGUGUUUUUCUGGAGCUUCAUCAGUAAAAUUUGACGUCAUGAGUUCAUGUUUGAUGUUCUUCAGCUGGAGAGCGAGAAGGCCAUCAAGAACGCCACUGAAUGGGCUUUGAAGCAGUACGUCGCCAACUACAGCGCUCACUACAACACCACCAACGUGCCCCCUCCAAACGUUCACCCGGCCGAUGUCAUCAGAGGACCCUGCUGGGAGACGGCGGUGGGAAUCGUCAGUAAAAUCCUCUUACAGCAGGUUCAGUGAUGAAUGUAAGACUGUGGAGGUGAAGAAGUCAGACUGUCUCUGUUUGUUUCUGCUGAGCAGGAGUUUGUGAAGCUGAUCGUAUCGGACAUGCAGGUCACCUAUCUGACCAUCCUGAUCGGAGACUUUGUGAGAGCUCUACUGGUCCGGUACCUGAACUACUGCUGGUGCUGGGACCUGGAGGCCGGGUUUGUGAGUACUCACAGAGCGGUUUGGGUUUCUAUGUGAACUUUAGGAGAUUUUAUUUUGUUUAAACCAGAUUAUGAAUCAGAUUAUCUAAUUACAUCUUGGCUGUUACUGUCUCCUGUUCAAUAUUUAAUGAUCUGUUAACUGUGUUAGAGUUCAGGCCUGUUUCUCAGGUCUGUCCUGUAAUGUGGAUGUUUUGGUUUUUACAGUAUCUGUUUUAGUCAUGGUCGGCCAUGUUGUCUGACUAACUUUAAACAGUACGAGAGAUCAGCUCUGUUUGUUUUAGAGUCAACCUGAUACUGACUGAUGAGAUGUGGUGAGACAGCUGAACCCUGGUCUCCUGUGAAAGGAGAGACGGACAUGAGAACUUAAUUACAGAGAGGGAGGGAGAGAGAGAGAGAGAGAGAGAGAGAGAGAGAGAGAGAGAGAGAGAGAGAGAGAGAGAGAGAGAGAGUUAGUAUCUUCACUCUUGUCUGUUACUUCAGGUCAGCUUGUUAAUGGUGUUGUUCUCUUGUUGGUUGCAGCCUUCAUACGGAGAGUUUGACAUCAGUGGAAAUGUGCUCGGUCUGAUCUUUAACCAAGGAAUGAUCUGGUGAAUAAAAACUCAUUUAUUCUGAUUUUCUGUCGUCUACUGGGCUCCUCUCAGUGAAUAUUUCUCUGUGGUCUGUUUCUAAUGUGCCCAUAACGACAAACUGGUCUGAUCAUUGGGACUGGAUCCUGCUUCUUUGAAUAAAUAAAGAUAAAUAAAGUUGUAUCUAAUCUAAUCUAAUCUGACUGUGCACUUCUAAGACUCUGUCACUAACCCCGCCGUCCCCCUCAGGAUGGGGGCGUUUUAUGCUCCAGGUCUGGUGGGUUUGAACGUUCUGCGCCUCCUGAGCUCCAUGUACUAUCAGUGCUGGGCGGUCAUGUGCUGUAACGUCCCUCAUGAGCGAGUCUUUAAAGCCUCUCGCUCCAACAACUUCUACAUGGGUCUGCUGCUGCUGGUGCUCUUCCUCAGCCUGCUGCCUGUGGUCUACACCAUCAUGACCCUGUCCCCGUCCUUUGACUGCGGGCCCUUCAGGUCAGUCAUGGAAAAAUACAACAAUACAAAAACAAAAGCAUCAGAGUUUAACUGAAUAAUCCAGACCUUGAAUGCACCACUCCAAAGAAAACCAGUAUAUUCCAGUAUAUUCACACUACUGUGACUUCUAUUACUAAUGUGCUCCCACUAAAACUACCAAUAAACCUCUCAAAGUGUCUCACCAGCAGAGUCCGACAUUUGAUCCUUAUUUUUGUUGUCCUGCAGCGGUCAAGAGAAGAUGUACGACGUUGUCAUGGAGACAAUCGAGCAGGAUCUGCCCUCCUUCAUAGGAAACAUUUUCACCUAUGCCACAAACCCUGGACUCAUCCUGCCCGCCGUCCUCCUCAUGGUGUGAGUACAACUCCAAUGCAACCACAAGGGGGCACUGUAGUCACACAUUUCCAAAUGGCACUGGUUAGACAUACAGUCAUGUAGCUCCAGAACACAUCUUCUCUACAUGCAGUCCUCCCUGAGCAGUUUUCAGUGGUACACUGAGAGUUACUCUGUUGUGUUACAGGUUGGCCAUUUACUACCUGAACGCGGUCUCAAAGGGAUAUCAACAAGCAAACCUGGACCUGAAAAGGAAGAUGCAAAUGGUCAGUAGGAGUGACCUUCUCGUUCAAAUAAAAUCUUUUUUGUGCAAAAUGUAAGCAACUGUUUUCGACCCUUCACACGUUCACAGGCUCGAGACGAGGAGAAGAACCGCAGAAACAACAAGGACAGCACCAACCAGGUGAUGAAAGACCUGGAAGACCUGCUGCCGGACAAAUCUCUGAUACCUCCUCCUGUUGAGGAAGAGCAAGAGGAAGAAGCGCCCCCUCCUGGUACGUUCACACACAAAUGAGUGAUUUAGUUUAUGUGGCGUUGUCCAUUUUGACGCUUCGCUCUCCUCGUUUCUCCGCAGAGGUUGUAAACAAGAAAGGCAGCAGGUCUCCCAAAGUGAAGCCAGGUGCAGCAGGUAAAGGGGUCAAACUGCAGAAAGACGUGUCAUUGGCUGCUCCAAACCCCAAAGCUCCAGUGACCCGCCCCCCAGGACCGAGGAGACCCCCUCCUGGAAAUGCCAGAGGGCCUCAACCUGGAUCAGGGAGAGGAAGAGGUCGGGGUGGGCCACCAAGAGAAUAAAAAGGACUAUGGACUAUAGAACGAGGACGACCAGCGUCUGCUGACACCGACCUCAUGGUUCGAGGUUUUAAAGGAGGGUGCCACAAGAGAGACCUUUUAUUUUUAUACUUUUAGUCUUUAAUGAGAUUUACUGUGUUUACAUUAUCAGUCACAUUUAUCAAGAACAUGCCAAUAAUGAGACCUUUAAGGCCAACAUCAUGAUGGAGUUUCAGCUGGAGACAAACACUAAUAACCACCAUGUGAGUAUCCUUUUACACUCCUGUACAGUAGAGGGCGCAGUUCACCUUUAAAAUCAAAUUAUAAUCCGAAAUUGAACAAAGAAGAAGAACCAGAAACUUUGCUAGUUAUUAAACUAUCAAACUCUAAAAGUCUAUUAACUGUCUGUGAAGAAAGAAGGAUCUAAAGACAACUUUAACAGGUGAGAUCACGAUUUAACUGCUCAGAUCCUAACGGCGGUCCUAAUUCCAACUGCGCAUGCGUUCACAGAGCUUCGCGCUCGCGGUUAGCACACAGGCUAACGUUAGCUUUGUAAGCAGAACAAACGGGAGAACAACGUUGAAAUAAAACCAUCCACACCUGUUUUCUUUGUUCUUAGACAAAGACUAAAUGUUCAGGUCGUCUCACCUUCAGCAGUCCUGUCAAUCAUCUCACGAUGCGCGUGGACAGGUAGACCGGUCUGAUCCAGAUCGUCUCUGUAAACUUAUCAAAGUAAUACUGUCGAACACACACACAGUAAAUAACAUCACUUAUUCAUUUAAACUUUGUGAUUUUGCGUCGAUAUAAGUAAAAAGCCUAAAAUAACUCAAAUGAUGUUGGUUAACCAUAUAAGGUUUAAACUGACCUCCAACUAAACCCCGCCCACCAAAACGUCAUACAUUUUAAUGAGGCUAAUCAGGUGUGUACCGUCUUAAAGUGACAGUCACACUAAACAACUUCAUUUCCUGAAACCAACAUUGUUCAGUAGCGUUGUAUGCAUUCGUUGGGAGACUCGCUGUGAUGACGCUCGGCUCAAACAGCGUAUUCCCACAGGUGAUCUACACAAUCUCUGUCCUCCCAUUGGCUGUAUCAGGUGUCAAUCAUAGAAAACAUGAACCCCCUAAUAACCUUUAAAAAUGGAGCUGUACAGAAAAAAGAGGACUUGAGCACAAACCAGUCUGACAGUAACUACAUGUCAACAUCACAACCAGGGGGGAGAAACAUUUAUAUUCUGUGUCAUUCAUUUAUAAAGUUUGUCCACAGCUCCAUAAGGAGGCGGGGUUUAUGACCUAUACUGCAGCCCGUCACCAGAGGGCGCUGUUCUCAGAGCGAGGAGGCAGACAGUGUCUAUUCUAGAUACAGUCUAUGGGCGAGAGGGUUACAGAUGUUCAGUUAAAUAAAUCAAACAUCAAAUUUGUUGUUUUUUCUAGAAUAAUGAAAGAAAAUAUAAAAAAGAAAUAAAAACACUGAAGUUCAUGUUAUUCAGACGACAGAGAAUCAUAGUUAAAAACUCACUGUUAAUACAGUCAACUCUUUCAUUAAUUUCAUCCAGAAAUCCCUGUAAAUAGGAUGUAAAUGUAUUUUUAUUUUUUGUAUAACACCUGUCUAUUAAAAUAAUUCUUUUCUGUCAAAGUGCUACUGAAGUGGUUACCUGAAAAUAAAACCCCUCUCUCUCUCUCUUACACUAACUAACUUACACACAAUAUACACGACAGUAGAGAACAUGCUGUCCACUAAAUAUGUGAAUACAUCUGAGAUACAACAUUACAGGAACUUUUACAGAUAAGAGUCAACGAUGAUCAGAGGUGGAGGUAUCUCUGACAGUAAAAUAACAUCAUCACAGAGUUACAGAGAAAAUGCCUUUAAAUAUGAAAGUCACUCGAUUCUUCUCCAUGAUCUGAAGUUCAUCCAGUCCUGUAGUCUGACUGUGUUAGGAGUUCUUCUUUGAGAUUUUGAUGGUGACUGCUUUGACCUCUGUGUACUCCUGAAGCGCGUAUUCCCCCCUGAAAGAAAAAUGACAGCAGCUGCUUAUGUCAAGAAGAAGAAGACAUUUUACAUUUAUUUUCCCUUUAAGAACAAAAGUUUAUGUGGAAAACCUGCAGACACCAACCGAACUACAACUCCACAGGAAGCAAAGUACAGAGAGGAAGCUGACCUUAUUUUAGGAGUUCAGACAUUUAUCUAAUCACAACCUAAGUGGUUUUAUAUAGAACAUUAGAUUUUUGAUAUAUGUACUUGUCCUCUCUCUGUCAGUCAAGAUUCAGGAUUGGUUUAUUUGUCACAUGCAGAUUAAAAAUAGUCAACAAUGCAAGAAAUGCCCUGGAUGAGAAGAACCGCUCCACCCAAAGAAGUACGAAUAACAUGCAAUAAAGUACUAAGAAGAAUAUAAUAGAAUAAAAAUAUAAAAAGUAUAAAAUAAAUAUUUACAAAGUGCACAAGUAAUGCAGUAGCUGCUGUCAGAGUGUAAAUGUAUGGGGGAUAAGUCAGUGGGAUAAAGGAGGUAUAACUGACAUAUUGCACAGUUACAGCAGAGGUAUGGACAGGAAAUAAGUAACAGAUAUAAAUCAUUGUUACCAACCGUGACAGAUCGAACAGAGUUUAAAAAGGUGUUACUCACAGUUCUCGACCAUUUCCUGACAUCUUGAAGCCGCCGAACGGACACUGAGCGCUCAUGGCGUUGUAGCAGUUCACCCUAAAGAGAAGGAAACAUUACAUCCUCCUCUCAGCCUGUAUUUGAGUUUUUAUAAAAAACUGCUAUGACACAUGAAAAAGUGUUUGUUUUUCUUCUUGUUAUUAGAUUGAAUGUUUAGGUGACCCCCCCUGGACUUCAGAGGAUCGGUGGAUUUGGUUCCUACCAGACCAUGCCAGCCUGCAGAGCAGAGGAGACUGUGAGGGCUUUGUCGAUGUCGUUGGUAAACACUCCUGCUGCCAGGCCGUAGUGUGUGUCGUUGGCUCUCUGGAUGACUUCCUGAAUGCUUUGGAAACACAUGAUCUGCUGCACUGGACCAAAAAUCUGAGAGAGAGAGAGAGAGAGAAGAGCGAGGGCAAAGAUGAAAAGGUUAGUGGAGGAGGAAUUUCACGACGGUGUGGUAGAUUUAGGACUCGGACGAUCACGAGGAACAUCAAAUCUGCUUCUGUGUGCGCAGGUGUUUCAGAACAGGGUACCUCUUCUUUGGCGAUGCGCAUUUCAUCGGAGACAUUUGAGAAGACGGUGGGCUGUAUGA